AUGGAUACACUCUGCAUUUCACCACGAGGAGAUUCGGAAGACCAGAAGUUUCUUCGCAAGAAGGCCAUCCACCGAAUGGCCUUGAUCUACGCUGGCGCCGAGCAAGUCCUUGUUCUCGAUGCUGAGCUAGACAAGCUUACCCGCAAAGGCAAGCCGCGCGAGCUGAUAGAUGCGCUCAUCUCUUACUCGAGGUGGAGUGGUCGGUGCUGGACGCUGGAAGAAGGGGCGCUCGCACGGAAGUGCCUUUUUCAAUUCAAAGAUGCAGCAAUGGAAGCUCCAUGGCACCCGAAACUCGAUGAACAGGUCAUCGUGGUAUUGUUGGUCAAUAUAAUUUACUUCUUACGGAACGUGCUCCACAUAUGGCCGCUGCGGAAGAUAACUCUCGACUUCGCCCACGACUACCUUCGUCGCGAGCUGGCCACCGCAGCGCUGCGGUCCACGCAGACGGACAUCGGCCACGCAUCGCACGCCAAUAGGAGGAUAGCACCAGGUCAGGACCUGCAAGUGGACAAAUUCGUACGCACAUGGAACGAAAUUGGGCGCCGAUCGACCACGCGGCCGGAGGAUAUCCACCCCAUAAUCGCGAACUUGACUGACUUCAGCGCGGCGCAAAUCAUGGGACUGGAGACGCCCGUGCUGCGUACGAAGACAAUAGCGCACUGCAUUGGUAGAUUUCCUCUGGACAUUCUGUGGACACCUUGCGCAAGACCGCAGGGGAACGGAAAUUGUGCAGAUCGAUGGAUCCCGUCGACACCGGGGCCUGAGCCUCUUAUGGAACGCGCAAAGCUGACGUCGACUGGCAAGGGGCUCGUUGUGGAUACCGAGAACAACAGUGAGCACCCCGAGAUAUUUUGGAUACCGCGUGGCAUGGUGGCUCCGCGAUUCUGCUUCCGCUGGCCGCAAUAUGACCAAAAAGAGUUUUGGUGCGUGAUCGAAUGCAUCAUGGCUGAAAAUGACGCAUUGCCGCGGAGUGCAUCUAAGACCGCUUGUUUAAUUUUGAGCCCCAACACCGUGAAUGAGGACACAACUUCUGCCCUUCCAGUGCUGCGUGGAGCGCGCUUUCUUGUAACUGGUGGCUACCUCGACAUGUCCGAGUCUCUCUAUCUUCGCUAUGACUGCCCCCUUAUUUACAAGAUUCAAAGGCAUCGGCCGGAUGUUGAGGAAAUUCGUGAUACCCCUAUCAUGACGGUAGAUAUAGUAUCUCGAAGUCAAAAACUUAUCAUCGAAAGCAGUGAGUAA